CAUAACGUUAGUGAGCUGGAGGCAGUUUGACAACCACUUCCGCCUGUUUUCCUCUUAAGUCUUUGUCUAAUGUGUUUAGCAAAAAGAAGAGUUUUGGUGGUAUAAAGUCGCGUUUUGUGCCCCGGUUACCUCGCGUAAAUAAAGCAAUGGCAGGCAGUAACGGUAACAGCUCGAACUGGGCGAUGGAGCGGCGUGUGGAGGGGCUGGUGAACAAACACAUGGCAGACAUGGCAUUGGACACACUUCAGCACAGACUCUCCACUGUGUCUCAGGAAAUGAACCAUCUAUCUGCUGAAAUAUCCAGACGAGAAGAUUCGAAGCGUAUGGAGGCUUUACCACGGCGGAAUGACCCACAUUUCAUCGUAGGCUCCCUUCCGGAGUCUUAUACCAACGAGCUAGUGGACGAAAAAAAAAAGUUGAUGCCAAACACGACAACAUCCUCAUCCUCAUCGUCAUCGUCAGCAGCAGAAACUGCGUCGCACAGAAAAAUCAUAUCGCUCCUGCUGGAGAUUAAAGAAGAACAACAGAGGCAGUGGGCCGUGCUGAAAGACCUGCAAGCCAUGAUUCAAGGACACAUGUGUGAAGAGGAUGUUGAGACUUUGGAUAUAGAGCUACCACUACAGACAAUGGAACAGCUUGAUGAAACAGAGAGAUAUCUGGAGAAUGAUGGAGCACAGAAGAGAAUGGUGUCUCACCUCUCUCGGAUGGGUGGAGCAACAGUGGAUGAUGCAGUUAGACGCCUGAUGCAGGCAGUUUUAUCUUUCAGUGUCGGUUCGGAGCUGAACUGGGUUGGUCGAGGACAGAAAAGGAGUUUCAGAAAUACUAGACUGCAAGGUGUUUUGUUUCGUGCGUUAAAGAAGACCCCUGUAGGAAAGGAGGCCACACACCAUCAGUUUGCAGAUGUAGUAAAGAAGUGGCUGCGAUUUGCACCAUUCAGACAAGGAGGCAGCGGUCGGAGACAACAUUACAAACCUCCUGUAGAAUUCAUAUGUCAUCAUACUGAUACAGAAGGGUGACAACAGUGUAUAACUGUUCGUCAUCCCAUUUUAAUACAGUUCCAAUUUAAAAUUCCAAUUUAAAAAAAUAACACAUUUUCAUGUUUUUUCUGUGAUUUAGGGUUUAUUUUUGGCUUUUUGUUUGUUUGUUGACUCCUUGUUGUUGUUUUUUUUUUUAGACUUCUAAAGUAAGAUACAACAUAAACAUGAGAACAGAAGUAAAAAAAAAAAAAGGUACCAAAGCAGCACUUUUGGUUUAAAUGAAUAAUUUAGUGUUACAUAUGACUCUGUUCAAGUAUCAUUAUUUAUGUAUUAGUUUGAAGACUAUUUUUUUUUUUUUAGUAUUUUGCUUUUGUUUGGUUUUUUUUUUUGUCUGUGGUCCUAUAGUUAACAUAAUGUAAUGUAAUUUUUUUUUUAGAGUUGUUCAUGAGAUUGAGACUUUUAAGUGAUGAUACUGUCCAGAUGUCUACAGAUUAAGUGCCUUUCUGAUAAUAGACAGUUGUGUGUUUCCAUUGCAUCAUUCCACAUGAUAUUCAGAUGAGCACAGAAGAGAAAAAUCAUUCCAGACAACAUAAAACAUUUAUUUUUAUUUUUUUUUUCCAAUUUAAACAUCAGAACAAGCAGAGAUUUUCAUCUAUCAGAUUUUCUGUUGUCUUGUUCUAAUAUGUGUAAAGGAUUUGAAUUUGGGAAGAUUUGAAGCAGUGGUUGAUCUCUUGAUUGAAUGUUUCUAGCUGUCUCUGGACCAGAUAUUAUAAAGUUCUUUAGUGUGAAUGAUAAUCUGAUCACAGAAUUGAGAGCACUUCACUGUACUAGAAUAUUAUAAGGAGUUUUUUCUUAUCUGAGGAUUUCUUAUAUACUUUUCUUUUACUAUAUUUUAAAGCAAGCAGUUGAUUUUUGCACAUUUUGGUGAUGCAUUUUACUUGAUUAAAAUAAUCAACAAAGA